AUGGGGAGUGGGGAACCUAAUACUGCUGGCAAGAAAAAGAAGUACCUCAAGGCUGCCCUGUAUGUGGGUGACUUGGCCCCUGAUGUCACAGAGGACAUGCUCUAUAAGAAGUUCAGACCUGCUGGCCCUCUACGCUUCACUAGAAUCUGCCGUGACCCGGUGACCCGCAAGCCCUUGGGUUAUGGCUAUGUUAACUUCCGCUUUCCUGCGGAUGCUGAGUGGGCCUUGAACACAAUGAAUUUUGAUUUAAUUAAUGGUAAACCAUUUCGCCUCAUGUGGUCACAGCCAGAUGACCGCUUAAGAAAGUCUGGAGUUGGAAAUAUAUUCAUCAAAAACUUGGAUAAAUCCAUAGACAAUAGGGCCCUGUUUUAUUUAUUUUCUGCUUUUGGGAACAUUCUUUCCUGUAAAGUUGUAUGUGAUGACAAUGGCUCUAAGGGUUAUGCCUAUGUCCACUUUGAUAGCCUUGCUGCUGCCAAUAGGGCUAUCUGGCACAUGAACGGAGUCCGGCUCAACAACCGUCAGUUGUAUGUGGGCCGAUUCAAAUUUCCUGAAGAGAGAGCAGCUGAAGUCAGAACAAGGGAUAGAGCAACAUUUACCAAUGUUUUCGUGAAAAACUUUGGAGAUGACAUGGAUGAUGAAAAACUAAAGGAACUUUUCAGUAAAUAUGGUCCAACAGAGAGUGUUAAAGUAAUAAGAGAUGCCAGUGGGAAAUCUAAAGGCUUUGGAUUUGUAAGAUUUGGGACACAUGAAGCUGCCCAAAAAGCUGUGCUAGACCUGAAUGGCAAGUCAAUAGACGGAAAAGUCCUAUAUGUAGGGAGAGCACAGAAAAAAAUUGAACGCUUGGCUGAGUUAAGGCGGAGAUUUGAAAGGCUGAAAUUAAAAGAAAAAAGUAGGCCUCCAGGAGUGCCCAUCUAUAUUAAGAACCUGGAUGAGACCAUCGAUGAUGAAAAACUGAAGAAAGAAUUUUCUUCCUUUGGAUCAAUUAGUCGAGCCAAAGUGAUGAUGGAAGUGGAACAAGGCAAAGGGUUUGGUGUUGUCUGCUUCUCUUCUUUUGAAGAGGCUACCAAAGCAGUAGAUGAGAUGAAUGGUCGUGUAGUAGGCUCUAAACCACUAAAUGUCACUCUGGGCCAAGCAAGGGGCAGGUGGUGA